AAGCGCCAGCAGGAGCAGAGUUUCCAGGAGCAGAGCUCGUUGGCAGCCGAGGCCCGUGAGACCCAGCCUCAGGAGCUCCUGGAGAAGACAGCAGAGGGCCAGGCUGCCAAGAAGCAGAAGCUGGAGCAGGAUUCAGGGGCCGAUGAAGGCCAAGAAGCCGGUGGAAGCGAAGCUCCCCAGGGGAGCACCCCAGGGGGCGAGACCACUGAUGACGGCCAGGCUAAUGGGCAGCAGGAGGAGGCAGGUGAAGGCUCUUCAUCUUCCCCAGAGUCUUCUUCUCCUCCAGAGUCUUCAUCUCCCCAGCCAGGGCCUUCAAACGGGGUGACCCCCUUGCCCAGGUCAGCCCUGCUCAUCCAGCUGGCCACUGCCAGGCCUCGGCCUGUGAAGGCUAAGCCUCUGGAUUGGCGUGUGCAGUCCAAAGACUGGCCGCAUGCUGGCCGUCCCGCCCACGAGCUGCGCUACAGCAUCUACCGGGACCUGUGGGAGAGAGGCUUCUUCCUCAGCGCAGCUGGGAAGUUUGGUGGUGACUUCCUGGUCUAUCCUGGUGACCCGCUGCGUUUUCACGCCCACUACAUCGCUCAGUGCUGGGCCGCCGACGACCCCAUCCCCCUUCAGGACCUGGUCUCUGCCGGCCGCCUGGGAACCAGUGUCAGAAAGACCCUGCUUCUCUGCUCCCCCCAGCCUGAUGGGAAGGUGGUCUACACCUCCCUGCAGUGGGCCAGCCUGCAGUGAGCUGGAGAAUGGGGGUGUGUGGCUGUGGGCCGCAAGAACCCCCUUGGAUGGUCACCCCAGCUUGUCUCCACAUGAAGGCUCGUGUCCCCCGCCCUGCCUGAAUCCACAGUUUUGAACACUACAUCCUUUCUAGGUUUUUUUUUUUUUUUUUCUGUUUUAAGGCAUUUCCUGGCUGUGUUGUUUUGUAUUUCUGUUUCCAAACUGUGAGCUUGUUCAGAGUUGAGACUGCUCUUAUUUUAUUUGGCUUUUUCUGUUUUCUACAGGGCAGUUCUCAAUAAAUGUUGAAUAAAUGUUUGUAUUUUGAGUCAUGACAAUAA